AUGGCACCUUACGACUCCGUUUCCAGCCUAGUCACGGCAGACCCAGGCCUGCCACGGCCCAACCCCACGCAUUCCUACUGGCAACGCAUUCCACAUGCGCUCGCGGGCGUUCAAUCCCCGGAUUUACCAGCCGAUCAAGAUAUCGCGAUCAUUGGAUCGGGGAUCACGGGCCUCGCAGUAGCCAAAACCCUCUUGGAACAUCAUCCCACUGCGACGGUGACGGUUUUGGAGGCCCGCGCGCUCUGUUCCGGGGCCACGGGGCGUAAUGGUGGACAAAUGGCUGCGAAUGCGGGUGAGCAGUAUUCGAGCCUAGCGGAGAGCCAUGGUGCCGAAACCGCGGGCAAGAUUGUUGAUUUCACUUUCCGUAAUUUGGAGAAGAUGCAGGAGCUGAUCCGAGAGUAUGAUGCGGUGGAAUUGAGCGAGAUGCAGAGUCUGCGGAAAUUGCGGGUGUUUCUCACGCAGGGUAAAUUCGACGAAUUCAAGGAAAGUAUUGCGCGUCUGGAAGCAGAUCAUCCUUCCAAAAGAGGCUUGUAUACAAUUGUGGAUGCGGAUACAGUUGUCAAAGAUCAUGGAAUCCACGGCACAUUUGGAGGAGCACUCCUUCCUGCUGGCACGGUUUGGCCAUAUCGUCUCGUCACGAGGGUGUUUGCGGCGCUUUUGGAAAAAUACCCCAACCGACUCAAACUGGAGACCCAUACUCCGGUUGAGUCUGUGGAAUACACGCCCUCGCCUGCAGCCAGCAAUUCCUAUGUCUUGCGCACUCCCCGUGGUCCACUGCGAGCCGGACAUGUGAUUCAUUGUACCAAUGGGUACAGCGGCCAUCUGCUGCCCAAGUUAAGAGGACUGAUUCACCCUUUCAAAGGGACAAUGACCGUUCAGGAUCCAGGAAACUCGGUGCCAAAUCGGGGAGCUGCUUUCUCGUGGGGCUUUCAUUAUCCGCCAUCCUGUGACCCGGAAACAAAACGCGUCGGAUACGGGCUUUAUUAUCUGGGACAGAGUGCCAAAUCUGGAUAUUUCUACUUUGGUGGGGAGAAUGCUCGCGUUGACGAGUCUGUGACCGCCGAUGACAGCUUUGUGGCCGAACACUCUGUUGAUCACCUUCAGUCAGUGUUGCCAAAAUUCUUCGGCAGGACCAAUACAUCCAACUGGCCUCUGGUCAGUUCAUGGAGUGGGAUCAUGGGUGAAUCACCCGACGGUCUUCCAAUCAUUGGACUAUUGUCCUCACGCUUGACAGGGCGAGAGGGGGGCGGCGAGUGGAUUGCUGCCGCGUUUAAUGGUUACGGCAUGGCGAAUAGCUUGAUGAGUGGUGAGGCAUUAGCUUUGAUGGUACUUGGAAAGGAUGUCAGUAGUUGGCUCCCAAUCGCAUAUGGACUGGGUGAAAGGAGAUUGCAAGAAACGCUCACAAUCCCCAGGGCAGUCGCUGCCCUUUCGAAGCUCUGA